AUGUUCAAUUUCUGGGGAAGAGGAAAUACCCAAGUCCCAAGAGCAGAAAGUCGACAGCCUGAAGUCAAUGUCAUUUCUUCUGUGAAUAACGAAGAUAACAUCUCACAACAAAAUAUAGACAACAAUGUCAAUGAAGUCAAUAAUGAAGUAAGCGAGGUGGAGAAGAAAGUGGAGGCCAUUGAUGCGGAUGCAAUACCGGAUCAGGAGCUUGAGGGUUAUGGUCAUCACGAAGACGAAGAUUAUGACCAUGAGCAGAUUGAUGGGGAAUAUUGCAACUUGGAAGAAGGUGAGGAAUAUUUUGAAGAAGACGAGGAAGGAUAUGAGACCGGAAAGAAAGAAAAUGAAGUGUACUCUUAG